AUGUCCGGCUUCGUACUGCACACGGCGUGGUACGGCCAUCACCGGUUGCGCGGGCAAAUUGGCGUGAAUCCCAGGGGGCAGACCAGCAAUGGUUCGUGGGCUUGUUUGGCUUUCUUCCUGUCGCUCAUUCCGUGGAUGUUUCUGACCAGUCGAGAUUCUACGAUGCACGCUUUGGGGCGGGUCGUAAUGGUUUUGUCGUUCACAGCAUGCUUUGUUUCGUUAGGUUAUACUUCGACAAAGAUGGCCGAGGAGAUCCAGUUGGUGGCCCCCGAGAAGCAUGGAAAUGAAAUCAGGUUGUUCCACAGUGUUGUCUUCGGCGCCUGCGUCUGCGCGAUCGUGGCGUGGAUCACUGACAGCCUGCAUUGCGACGCCUGGCAGGAUCUCCCCCUGGGGCUGCCGUACCCACAGCUGCAUGCCACGAUGUGGCACAACCUCAUACUGCUGACGGCCCUCGGACUUGUACUGCUCCAGGCGCAGCACCGGCAGGUGUUCCAGGUCUGCGGUGGCAGCCGCGAGGCCUUCCAGAAAGAGUUAGAGCGUGGGCGUGGGAUUAUUUCAAAGCUUCCAGGAUUUGGCAGGUGA